UUGCAAAUGUAAUUCGGUGUUAUUACUGAAGUAAUAUAGCAAGAGAUAUCAACAAAUAUUAGAAAAUUUAUAAAAAUGUCUGAAUCAACAGCAAUCGAUAAUAACAGAAAGAAAGUCCAUUAUCAUGAUGUUAUUCGUGACUUUAGAAUAGAAAACAAUAUUUUAAUAGGAAAAGAUAUACCGAUAAAUAGAGAACCUGUUAAUAUAUCCGAAGUGCUACUUCGAACGUUAAAGAGUAAACCAAACUGCGUUGGUCAGGUGGAGGCAGUUACAGGUAAACAAAACACUUACGCCGACAUGAGUAAGCGCAGUAUUAAAUGCGCACUUUGGCUAAAGAAACAAGAUAUUAAACCCGGUGAUAUAAUCGGUAUGUGUUGUGAUAAUGACACAGACAAUAUCAUAGUUAUGUUGGCUACUAUGUACGUAGGUGCUAUAUCUAAUCCUUGGGACCACGAUCUGUCUCCAAUGACAGCACGGUACUUUCUUUCCUUAACAUCGCCAAAAAUAGUUUUCGCGAUGCCGUCAUCGGUACCGAGUUUAGAAGAAGCAAAGAAAGAGUUGAAAAUAAAUACGAAAAUAGUGGUAUUUCAUGAAUUGAAUGGAUACGAAUCCGUGGAGGAUACCUUGAGAAAUCACGAUAUUCGCGAGAUCACCGAAUUCAAAUGUACCCAGAUCAACAGCCCGGACGAUGUUGCUCUUAUCGUACUCUCGUCGGGUACUACGGGCAUGCCGAAGGGUACCGAAAUAUCGCACUCAUCUUUACAUAAUUGCCUACUUCCCGAAAAAGUCACGGAAUUAGAAGGUCAUAUUUGUCUAAUGAACACAACGUUGCGUUGGCACUAUGGCGUUCAGUUGGCAUUCCAUGCCAUUUUAGCGUAUGCGACGAAUGUUUUUAUACCCUAUAGCGUGAUGUUUGGCAAUGACGAUGAAGCGAUGUGCAGAUACAUCGAGAAAUAUCAAGUAACAUGGCUUUCCACCGUGGCGAGUACGUUAACCCGAUUUAAUAAGACCGACGUAUUGAAAAAAUAUCGAUUGUUGUCUCUGAAAGAGGUGGUCUAUACCGGGUCUCAUUUAAAAAAGGAACAUUAUUUAGGCCUGGCAGAGAAAUUACCUCAUGCUUUCAUUACGACUAAUUACGGAUCUACGGAUUCAGCAGCUGACGUAACUGUUAUGGUCAGAGGCUGCAAAAUAGGAUCUGUAGGUUUUGUAGUACCUAAUGUUCAAAUAAAAAUAACGGAUAAAACUGGGAAAACCUUAGGAGCUAAUCAAAAUGGAGAACUGCGUUUGAAACUGCCGUCCGUAAUGAACGGUUAUCAUAAGAGACCAGAAGAAACUAAACGAGCUUUCGAUUCUGACGGUUGGUUACUCAGUGGCGACAUAGGAUAUUACGAUAAUGAAGGGAAUGUUUUCCUCAUCGACCGAAUAUCCGAGUUUCUCAUUUUCUGUGACAUUCAUAUUUCGACUGCAGAAAUCGAGCUUGUUUUACAGCUUCAUCCCGCGGUAUCUGAAGUAGCAGUAAUAGGGUUACCUCACGAAACUGAGGGACAGUGGCCAAUGGCUGUUAUUUCUCGAAUACCGGGGAAAAUGGUAACGGAAGAGGAGCUCCAUGACUUGGUGAGGAAAAAUCUGCCGAACUACUGUCAGCUUCGCGGUGGAAUUAAAUUCUUUGAUAAACUCCCGCGCACAGCUACUGGCAAAAUCGCGAAGAAGCAAUUGCGAGAUAUGUUUAUUAAUCCUUUCACCAGUGAUUAUUCGACUGUCGCAAGACGUACACGCAAUAAAAAAGUCAUUCUAAAAAUGUGUGAACGGAACACAGCAACUAAGAAAAAUGAGGUACAAGAAUCAAAAUGCAAGACCAGAAUUAAAGAUAAUAUCUUAUUAGGACCAGAACAUCCAAUACAUAGAGAAUCUGAAAAUGUAGCCGAAACAAUAUUAAAAACCUUGAAAAGCAAACCCGAUUGUAUUGGUCAGAUCGACGCUUUUACAAACAAACAAAAUACCUAUGCCGAAAUGAGUGAACGCAGCAUUAAAUGUGCACUUUGGUUGAAGAAACAGGGCGUAAAGCCAGGCGAUAUAAUCGGUCUUUGUACUGAUAAUAAUCUGGACGCGAUGAUAGUAUUACUAGGCAUUAUGUAUGUAAAUGGCAUAUGUAAUACGUGGGACCAUGAGUUGUCUUUAACAACGGCACGGUACUUUCUCUCGCUAACAUCACCAACAAUAGUUUUUACUAUACCGUUAUCAGCUGUGAGUUUAACAGAAGCAGCAAAAGAACUAAAAAUGGAUGUAAAAAUAGUGGUUCUUGACAAACUCGAGGGAUAUGAAUCGUUAGACGAUAUUUUGAAGGGUCACAAUAGUCGCGAGAUUGCUGAAUUCAAAUGUGCUCCGAUCAGCAAUCCGGAUGAAGUUGGUCUUAUCGUUCUUUCUUCGGGUACUACGGGGAUGCCAAAGGCUACUGAGAUCUCGCACUCUUCUAUGCACAAUCGCCUACUUCCUACAAAAGUUGCCGACAUGAGCGGUCACAUUUGCUUGUUUACACCGACAAUACGUUGGCAAUACGGCGUUAUGCUUGCAUUAAGAGCCAUUUUGGCAUGUUCGACCAGAAUCGUUGCACCAGAUUCCGUGACAGAUGACGAUGCAGGCGAUAUGUACUGUGACUUAAUUGAGAAACAUCGAGUAACAUGGUUUGCUACUGAUCCAUUCGUUCUAAUUCAGUUGAUUAAGACGGAUACGUUAAAGAAAUACAAAUUGUCGACGUUAAAAACAAUUAUUACUAGCGGUUCUAUUUUUCCGAAAGAACAUCAAGAAGCGUUAAGAAAAAGAUUACCAAACGUUUUAAUUAAUAAUGGUUAUGGAUCUACCGAUUCAGGAGGUGAACUCACUGGUCAAGAUAAAAACAGUAAACCGGGAUCCGUUGGUUAUCUUGCACAUAAUGUUCAAAUAAAGUUGACAGAUACAGAAACCGAAGAAGUCUUGGGAGCUAAUAAAGUUGGUGAAAUACGCGUUAAAGUACCCUUCGUAAUGAACGGCUACCAUAGGAACCCCGAAGCAACCAAGAAGGCUUUUGAUGCUGACGGUUGGCUAUGCACCGGCGAUUUGGGAUAUUAUGACGAUGACGGAGAACUCUUCGUCGUUGGCCGAAUAUCGGAUUUCAUUCUUUUCAGAUCAAUCAAUGUCUCACCCGCGGAAAUCGAAGCUGUUUUAGAGAAUCAUCCCGCGGUACUGCAAGCGGCAGUAAUAGGAGUGCCUCAUGAAAUCGAUGAGCAACGUCCAAUGGCAGUCGUUUCUGUGGUGUCAGGUAAAACGGUAACAGAAGAAGAACUUAUCAGUUUAGUAGAAGAAAAUUUGCCCGAUCAUUGCAAACUCCGAGCUGGUGUCAAAUUCAUGGAUGAACUUCCACAUACAACUACCGGCAAAAUCGCGAAAAAAAAAUUGCGAAAAAUGUUUGCGAAUUAAAUUGUGCUGAGUUAUAUACAUUAUUGAAACAUUGUAUUUGUAAGCAUGGAAUAAAUCAUCUUUUUAUUGAAAA